AUGGACAGGUUCCACGACAGGCAGCACGUGUGGCUGCGGAGCUGCGUGCACGGCACGUACCUCAACGCCGACAGCGACGGGAAGAGCGUCUCCCUCCGCCAGCGCCGCGAGUCGCUGAAGGUGGCGUGGGCGGUGCACAUCUACCAGGGCGACGUGCCGUACCUGCUCCUCUACAGCGCCGCCUACGGCCGCUACCUCGCCGCCACGGCCACGCCGGCUCCGCUCGCCCACCUCGGCUUCCGCGCCGAGCAGCGCGACUACGACCAGCCGGUGGUGCCGGCCAUCAUGUGGCGGGCCACCGCGACGGGAUUCGGGAACGACGUCCUGCUCCGCAACGUCGGCGGCCGGUACCUCCGCGCCAACGGCAAGCACACCAGCAAGUACCUCCGCUGGAACAACGGCGUCACCGUCGACGACGUCGACAACGUCAGCACCAUGAUGCACUGGACCGUCGAGCCCAUCCCCCUCAGAGGGCCGGACAUGCCUCAGCCUGGCUUUGCUGCCCCGAUUCCGCGAGGGGCGUGGCGGCUGAUCCGGUUCGUGCGAGCGAGCGCCGAGGGGGAGUACGCCGAGGACAGCAACGGCUGGACCGAGUUCCAGUUCAGGGGGAGGUACGUGUACCACCUGAGGAACGAGCUGGCCAAACGCAUCAACGCCGAGGUGCACUUGUUCGAGCUCGCCAUGUGCGUCCGAGCGGGCCGCUACGGGCGUUUGACCCCGCUCAUCACCAACCUGCCCCACGGCUGCAACGGCGAGACCCUCCAGAUCGUCGCCUACCUCUCCGAGACCCCUGCCUAUGAUGAGCUGCAACACCCGGAUGUCUACUCACAGUAG